AUGGGUUUCGCCAAGGUCCUAAGAGGGAUCGUGCGCAACGAUGCGAUGCGUACCGAUCCCGACCAAAUUUAUAAUGCCAAAGUUAUGGCUCUUGUGUGCUCUGCGUGCUUUGGUGGUAUGUUGUUCGGUUGGGACACCGGCGCCAUCGGCGGUGUCCUCGCCAUGGACGCGACGAGAGACAAGUUUGGGUAUCUGCACAAGUCUAAAACCGACAAGUCCAACUUGGACCAGAAUAUCGUCUCGACGCUGCAGGCUGGUUGCUUUGCCGCUUGUUUUGUCACCUCUUGGUUCGCCGACCGAUUCGGCCGUCGAUGGAGUCUCAUUGGAUCAGGUAUCAUCACUACCAUUGGAGUUGUCUUUCAGGCUGCCUCUGCCGCAAAUGGUACUUUGGCACUCAUGUAUGUCGGCCGCUUCGUUGCUGGUCUUGGUGUUGGUGCUGCCUCAACUUUGACUCCCCUCUAUGUGUCUGAAUGCGUUCCUCGAGCAAUCCGAGGCGGUUUGACUGCUUUUUAUCAACUCUUCAUCGUUCUUGGCAUUAUGAUCGCCUUCUGGGUCAACUAUGGCUGCUUGCUUCACGUGUCAGCCCCGGCUGUCUUUAUUAUCCCCCUAGCUUUGCAAGCUCUCCCAGCUAUCUUUCUCAUUGCCGGCAUGCUCGUUUCUCCAGAAAGCCCUCGAUGGACUGCUCGAAAGGAUGACUGGGAGAGAACCACACAGAUCCUGGUCAGAUUGCGAGGACUUCCAUCCGACUCGGAGUACGUCUCUGGGGAGAUUCAAGAAAUGGUGGACCAACUCGAGAACGAACGCCGUCUGAUGGGCGAGGCCACUUUCAAGAGCUUGAUGAAGGAAAUGUGGCAGGUCCCUGCCAACAGACGACGUGCCAUCAUCGCCAUUGUUCUUAUGGUUUGCCAGCAGCUCACUGGUGUGAAUGCGAUCAACUACUAUGCUCCUCAAAUCUUCACAAACCUCGGUAUGAACGGAACUGAUUCAUCGCUAUUUGCUACCGGUGUCUACGGUAUCGUCAAGACUGUCGCUUGCAGCAUGUUCUUGCUUUUCAUUGCAGACUCCUUGGGCCGACGCAAGAGCUUGUUGUGGACCAGCCCAAUGCUGUUUGUCGUGCUGUUCAUCAUUGGUAUCUAUGGACGCGUGCAGCCCCCAGUUACAGGAGAACCAGUUUCUGCGUUCGGAUAUGUCGCAAUUACCUGCAUUUACCUCUGGGCAGCCAUCUUCCAGUUUGGCUGGGGACCCGCGUGCUGGAUUUUGGUCAGUGAGAUCCCGACUGCACGACUGCGUGCGAUGACCGUCGCUAUUGGUGCCGGCACACAAUGGCUGUUCAACUUCGUCAUGGCUCGAACUGUCCUUACUAUGCAGAACACCAUGGGUUAUAAAGGUUAUGGCAUGUUCUUCAUGUUUGGCAGCUUCGAUGUCCUCAUGGGUCUCUUCGUAUUUUUCUUCGUUCCUGAGACCAAGGGUCUUAGCUUGGAGAAGAUGGAUGAGCUUUUUGGCAUGACUGAGACCGUCAAGCAGCUGGAUGCUGAGCCAGAAGUCGGACGGCCUGUCAGCGUGCAUGAGGAUCGCCCCACGAAGUCUUGA